AUAUUAUAAUUGUUUUUUGUUUUUAACCAUGUGGAUUUUUCAUUUUUUAAUGGCUAAAUUUAUUGCCUUAAAAAAAUAUUGUGGUUUUUGCUUUUUGUAUCAUUUGUAGGGAAAAAAUCACCUGCCAAAUUAUACAAAAAUUCACCUGUAUUUUCUUCAGGCAUUAUUGUGGUUUCCAUUAUUUUUAAUUUUAAGUCAUCUGAAAGUAGGUUGCUGGAAUAUAUGAGAUAGACAUUUAACUUUAGUUUCUUUUAAAUCCAUUAAGUAAUCUAAUUUUACUCAUGGCUUUGAAAUGCUACAUUUAUCAUAUGCUAAAUUCUAACAUACUCUUGGGAAUUAAUUUGCACUGUUAGAUUUUAUUCAUCUGUAUAUCUUUUCUGAAGCCAGUGUCAUACUCUUUUGAUUUUUAUAAUUUUAUAAUAUAUUUUAAUAUUUCAUUGGGCCUCUUUACUCUCAUUAUUUUGAACUUUAGAAUUGCUUGUUUUAAAACAAAUAUUUUUGAGAUUAUGGUUGCAGUUCUCUUAAAUAUGUAUAGAUGAUUUGGGGCUGAAUUAUCUGUAUAAUGUGAAGUCUUCCUAUCCCAGAAUAAGAUAAAACUGUACCUUUAUUUAAAUAUUUUUUAUUAUCCUCACUGGUGUUUUUGUUUCUUAUUUCAUGAGUCUUGCACAUUUCUUGUCAAGUAUAUUCUUACAUGCUUUAUGUAUUUGUUUUAUUAUGAGGAGGAGUUGAUAGUCUAUCUUUUUAUUGUUUUUUGUAAAACGGUCUAUUGAUAUUAUAGAAAUACGUUUAGUGACCAAGGAUGAUAUUCUUUGUAUAGUGGAAAAAAAUCAAAAACAGGUUUUCAGCAUGACCAUAUACUUUCAAUUUUGUUAAAAGUGUAAGAAUAGUUUCCAUCAUCUCCUAAGAGUGGUUUUCUGUGUUAUGGUGGGGUUGUAGUAAUAAUUUCUUAUUUGGCUUGUAUGCAUUUAAGUAUUUUGCCAUCAUAUUUUAUUUUUGCAAUAGUAAAUAUGACUAAUAUUUAUUUAGUGAUUACAAUGUGUCAACCAUUGUUCUAAGAUGCAUAUAUCAUCACAAUUUAAGAUCUAAUGGAAUCAUUUCUUGUGUAACUAGGAGAAAUCUCAGUAAGUGUUUCUGAGUUGGCACUAAAGUUUGAAACAGAGAAAGUUGUGAAAGAGAAGGGCUUGUUUUCUUAAAUGUGGUUUUGUAGCAUGAUGUACAGGUGAGGCAGGUUGUUUCUCAUUUUCGUUUUUGUAGGAAUAGGGUGACUGGAUGGUGCUUGUGCAUAUGGGUGUGAGAGUGUGUACACAUACCAAUACAAAUGACACCAUGGCUUUUGGUAUAAAUGCAUUGAACAUAGCAAGAAAUAAAAUUCCAAAUCUGCUGUGUAACAGCCAUGCAAUUGUAGACACUCCCUAACUCACUCUAUUUUCUCUCUGUAAAAUGUUGGUUUUAUUAAAUCCCCAACAGGGUCCCCUGUGAGAAAUAAUUUGCUUAGUAUGUUGCCUUGCAUGUAGCAAACAUUCAAAUGUUAGCUAUUAUUGUUAUUACAAGGCCCUGUUAGUCAUUUUCUUUUAAAAUCUUGUUUAACCCUCAGAAUCCCAAUAUGAGAUCCACUUUAUCCUCACCCUAUUAGCAAGUAAAGCAAUGGAAGCUCAGAAGGUAGGAAAGGAAGAAACCAAGAAGCAAUAAUACAUGUCCUGGUUCACUAGAAAUAACCCUGCUCACGUGGUAUAAGAAAGAAGGUCCUGGAGCCAGGAAUUUAAUCCCAAUGGAGAAGACCUAGUCAGGACCUCACCCCGGAACGUUGAGGCCAAGCAGGAAGAGACAUAAGAUAGAACAGAUUUCAGAUUUGCUGAUCAUCUCCCAGGGAAAACAGAAAAUGAAUACAUUACAGUUUGCUAAUAGAAGUUUACAAUGAACACCUGGUCAUUGGAUGCCUUUUUUGUAUCUGAUAAGUGGUGGUUUUUGAAGAGUACAAAUUUCAAAUUUUGUUUUACUGUUUCAGAUGGAAUGGAGAAGCCUUACCACCAUGAGUCAUUAUCAUUUGAAGAUUUGUCUGUGGACUUCACCCAGAAGGAAUGGCAGCUACUGGACCCCUAUCAGAAAGACUUAUACAAGGAUGUCAUGUUGGAGAACUAUAGCAGCCUCGUAUCACUGGGGUAUGAAGUUAUGAAACCAGAUGUCAUCUUCAAGUUGGAGCAUGGAGAAGAGCCAUGGAUAAGAGAUGGAGAAUUCCCAAGUUCAGACUUUCCAGAAGAAAUCUGGCAAGUAGAUGGUCACAUGGUGUGGCACCAGGAUAACCAAGGCAUGCUUAAAAAUAUGAAAAGAGUUCACGAAUGUGAUGCAGUUGGGAAAAAAAUCAAUCUGAGUAUGAACUUUGUUCCUUUAAGGAAAGCAAGCAAGGAAGGUGGCUUAGAUGGAAUAAUUUUAAAGCAUCAUUUAGAUUUGGUUAUUCCAAAAGCAGAUUAUGAAAAACCAAAACCAGAUGACUUUAAUGUAUUUGAUAAAUUAUUUCUCCAUACCAAGCCUGAAGAAACUGAUACAUGGUUAAAAUACUAUGAAUGUGAUAAAUAUGACAAAGUUAUCUACAAGAAGUCACAGAUUGUUAUAUAUCACAGAACCCGUUUAGGGGAGAAACUGUAUGAAUGCAGUGAAUGUAGGAAACGCUUCAACAAGAAAUCAAGUCUCAUGAAACAUCAAAGCAGGCAUAUAAGAGAAAUAGCCUUUGGCUGUGGUAACUGUGGCAAAACAUUUCCCCAGAAGUCACAGUUUAUUACACAUCAUAGAACUCAUACAGGAGAGAAACCCUAUGACUGUAGCCAAUGUGGUAAAGCCUUCUCCCAAAAGUCACAGCUUACAUCCCAUAAGAGGACACAUACAGGAGAGAAACCCUAUGAAUGUGGUGAAUGUGGGAAAGCCUUUUCCCGGAAAUCACAUCUUAUAUCACAUUGGAGGACACACACAGGAGAAAAACCUUAUGAGUGCAGUGAUUGUGGAAGAGCCUUCAGUGAAAAGUCAAAUCUUAUUAAUCAUCAGAGAAUUCAUACAGGAGAGAAACCUUUUGAAUGUAGGGAAUGUGGGAAAGCUUUCAGCAGGAAGUCACAACUCAUUACACACCAUAGGACACACACAGGAACAAAACCGUAUGGAUGUAGUGAUUGUCGAAAAGCCUUCUUUGAGAAGUCAGAGCUCAGUAGACAUCAGACAAUUCAUACUGGAGAGAAACCGUAUGGAUGCAGUGAGUGUGGGAAAGCAUUUAGAGAGAGAUCGAGUCUCAGUAAUCAUCAGAGAACCCAUACAGGAGAGAAACCCCAUGGAUGCAUUCAGUGUGGGAAAGCCUUCUCUCAGAAAUCACAUCUUAUAUCGCAUUAUAUGACGCACACAGGAGAGAAACCUUUUGUAUGCAGUAAAUGUGGGAAAGCCUUCAGCAGGAAAUCCCAGCUCGUUAGGCAUCAGAGAACUCACACUGGAGAAAAGCCCUAUGAAUGCAGUGAAUGUGGGAAAGCUUUCAGUGAAAAAUUAAGCCUCACUAAUCAUCAGAGAAUUCAUACAGGAGAAAAACCUUACGUAUGUACUGAAUGUGGGAAGGCCUUUUGUCAGAAGUCACAUCUCAUAUCACAUCAGAGGACUCACACAGGAGAGAAACCCUAUGAUUGCAGUGAGUGUGGGAAAGCCUUUGGUGAGAAGUCAAGUCUUGCCACUCAUCAAAGAACUCAUACAGGAGAAAAACCCUAUGAAUGUAGGGACUGUGAAAAAGCCUUCUCUCAGAAAUCACAACUCAAUACUCACCAGAGAAUUCACACAGGGGAGAAACCUUAUGUAUGCAGUCUUUGUAGGAAAGCUUUCUUUGAGAAAUCAGAGCUAAUUAGACAUCAGAGAACCCAUACAGGGGAAAAACCUUAUGAAUGCAAUGAAUGUAGAAAAGCCUUCAGGGAGAAGUCAAGUCUCAUUAAUCAUCACAGAAUACAUACAGGAGAGAAACCCUUUGAAUGCAGUGAAUGUGGCAAAGCCUUCUCUCGGAAGUCACACCUCAUACCACAUCAGAGGACACAUACAGGUGAGAAACCCUAUGGAUGCAGUGAAUGUAAGAAGGCCUUUUCUCAGAAGUCACAGCUUGUUAACCAUCAGAGAAUUCAUACAGGAGAGAAACCUUUUCAGUGUAAUGAGUGUAUGAAGGCCUUUUCCCAGAAGUCACAGCUCAUUAAUCAUCAGAGAACUCAUAGAGUAAAGAAGUCCUAGGAAUGCAAGUAAUAUGAAUGUUUUGCAGAUCAUAUGUCGUAUUUCAGAAAAGGCAGUUAUGGUCAGUCUUUCAGAUAAUAGUCACUUGAGCUUACAUAUCAGAGAACUCUUUUACUGUAGGAACUCUAUAAAUGAAGUUGUUUGGGCAAACCUUUCAGCCGAUAAACAUACAUAAAUAUUAGAACUUGUAGAGUGAAUCUAGGGAUGCAGUGGAUUUCAAAAACCUUUUAAACCAUAGUCAAACCUUCUACCUUACAAAAUUCACAGCUAACAGAAAUAAAGCCAUCCAGAAGUCAAAUCUCAUUAGCAUUGGAAAAAUUCCCACUGAGGGUACUUCCCAGUGCUGGGAAUGAGGGAAAACCCCAUGAAUGCAGCAACUGAGGGAAAGUUUUUAUCAAGAAAUGAUAGUUCAUUGUACUUAAGAACAUGCCCUCAGGAAUAAAAUUCUACAAAAAUACUAAGUAUAGGAUAAUCUUCAGCAAGUAAUCCAGUUAUAUUACAUAUUGAGGAAUUCAUAUUGUAGAGAAACCUAACAAUUUAAAAACAUUGUAAACAUCCUUUAGAUAUAAUGCUAUAAGGGGAGCCAUCCACUCUUUAUAAACAUGGGUACCAAAAGUACCCAAUUCUAAAUGGUUGAUACAUGUUCUCUCUGAAGUAUGAAGUUUGUUAAAAUAUGGAAUAAAUUGAAUCAUUGUAACAAACUUAUGAAUAAGAAAUUUCUUAGAGGUAUUUAUGGUUUAUUUUCUUGUACUACAUGUUUCAUAUUUUGGAAUUGCAUGAUAAUUUAUUGUAAUUGGGAGGUUGGAAUGCAUAUGCCUUAGAGUGCCUCUGAUGUCUGCCAAGACACAUUACAUACCACUGAUUUCUGUAUUUUAAUAAUGUUACAAAAAUGGUAACUGAUAAUAAAGCUUAUUGCUAAAUUUA